UCACAGGGCAUUCCUUAUCAACCUGAGAAGACCAAAAGGGUAUCAACAGGCUUAAGCUCACACGGAGAACAAGACUGGUAUUCGUCUUGUCAGUAGGGAAAUACUCAAUACACAGUUUCAACGUGCAACAGCAAAGAGGAAGGAAGCGACUGCAGAACAACAGAAGAUGUAUCACCAACAUCAGGGCCCUAGUGAGCUCUUCACUACUAGGACGACCUUUCCCAUGGAGAGGCAUCUGUUUCUGCACGGAGGAAGUACACAAGGAGAUUCUGGGCUAGUUCUCUCAACCGAUGCAAAACCAAGGCUCAAAUGGACACCCGAGUUACAUCAGCGAUUUGUAGACGCGGUCAAUCAAUUGGGUGGAGCAGAGAAAGCUACUCCAAAAACAGUCAUGAGGCUUAUGGGCAUUCCAGGACUCACCUUGUAUCAUCUGAAAAGCCACCUCCAGAAAUACAGGCUCAGUAAGAACCUCCAAGCUCAAGUUAACGUCGGGACAAACAAGAACACCAUAGGAUGUGCAAUUGCAGCUGAUGGCAUGCCCGGAACAAGUGUGCCAGCGAUGAUUAAUACAAAUGCCAUUCCACAGCCAGAGAAAACUAUGCAAAUUGGUGAAGCCCUACAGAUGCAAAUCGAGGUGCAGAGACAAUUAAACGAACAACUUGAGGUACAACGGCAUCUGCAACUACGGAUAGAAGCCCAAGGGAAGUAUCUGCAGGCAGUUCUAGAGCAGGCACAAGAGAGCCUUGGAAAACAGAAUUCGGGUCCUGCAAACCUGGAAGAUGCAAAGAUGAAAAUAUCAGAACUAGUCUCACAAGUAUCAAAUGAAUGUUUCGGCAGUGGAGUUACAGAGAUAAAAGAAAGUUCAAGUAUGCACAGACUAGAGCCGAGGCAAAUCCAGUUCAUGGAAAGUUCAACCAAUAACUGUUUGACUGCAGCCGGAGGAUUCAUCAAUGAGCAUAGACUACACAGCCAAGGAAUGCUCAAAGCAUAUGAUGAUAGUUCAAUAUUUUGCAGAAAGCACUCUCCUGACCAUGAGUAUCAGUUUUCCCUUAAUAGAAGCCUAAGCGAGCGUAAGAUGGGUCAUUUGCAAAAUGUGAAUGAGUACCACAAAGCAGAGUUUGGAAGUGAAAGUGACAUGGAGAUUCAACAGGAAUAUACUACACCUCAAAAGAAUGGCAGAGGCAGCACCGCCAGUUCGGCCUCAGGAAGCAAAGAAAGAGAUGCAGACAGACUAUAUCUUGAAGAAGCAAACUGCAAGAGACAAGCGGUUGAACAUUCCGGUUUUGAGCAUCCAAGUUCUGGGAAGAAACUUGAUCUGAACACUCAAAACACUGAUGAUGGUGAUCAAGGGUAUAGGCAUUUUGAUUUAAAUGGCUUCAGCUGGAGCUGAAUUGUUAAUGAUAUGCAAUAUGAUUGAAGAGAAGAAAUGAGCAUACAAAUAAUUUUUCCUGGCA